GUGGUCGCCGAUUGAGAGACGGCGCGGCCGUCGCGGUGUUUUGAGCGUGCGGAGGCAGUCUGACUGCAGAGGAGGCUCCGGGACCGUUUCCGCACGCUCGAGGGAGAGCAAGGCCCAGUGACCCACAUUCAGAGCAGGCUGUGUCUAUGUGUAAGAGUGGGCGAGCGUGCGCGCGUAUCCCUGCCAGUGUGUGCGCCCGGGGACCGCGUGUGCGCGCGCGCGUUCGUGCUCGCCCGUGUUUGUGUACAUACAUCUGCCGCGAAAAUGUUUCCACCAUCGCUGGUUUUAGACAUUUCCCCGCGGCCGACAUUUGUAUUUGUGUCGGUUUCUCCGAGCACCUUUCCCCGCGCGGAGUCUCAGCCUCCGGUCUCUCGUGGCGCGUGAGCGCCGACGGUAACAUUUUUCAGAGAUUAUUUCGUCCUCAAUGUCAGUUGUUGCGUGACAGCUCGGGGGCCAGCGUUGCCAUUUAUAGAGGCUCUGACAUUCCUCUCGUGUAUUACACAGACGUGAAGCGCUCUACCUGUCGUCGUAUCUGUGUCAUGCGAGCGCCGCGGGAAGGAAACUGGGUCAGUAGGUGCGCGCAAUCUCCGGGUUAAAUGGACAGUUGUCGGGUAGCAAGCUUCGUUAGCCUGCGAGCUAGCUGCGCGGAAUGUUCUCUUUUCGGUUGGGUAACACACACCUGUGGCACCAAAAGGUAAAUUGACAACGUUACUGUGCAUAUCUGGUAGCUUGUUGACGUUUAUUUUGUAUUUGGUCGAGGGCUAUUCGUGGAUACCGUGUCGCGAUUAUCGGUGUUUAUUCGUUGACAAUGAUGUACAGUGGGGCAGACUCGUCCAAUGGAGAAGCGCCGUCUAAUGAGGCUUCACUUAUUGGCCAUCAGGAAUACACGAGUGUAGGUCAGGAGGUGACACAUGGAGCAUUUAACAUGGUUUAACAAAAUGACAAUCUUACUAUACUCUCCCACUAAAAUCAGUGCUAUAAAUAAUAGCAGUAAAGGGAGGUGGUAAUGUUAUUCACAGAUAUGUACUGUCAUAUCUGACAGCAACAUCCUCUUAUAAGAUCACAGCGGUGUUAAGGUGUCCGACUGGCUCUGCUUGUCCAGUUUUAAGGACUUCAUUGUCAGAUUGUUCAUUCAGACGUCCCAAAAAUAACUACUUGAUUCAUUGACAGGAUAAAAAAAAGGAUAAUCUUAUAUGAUAUUGGCAUCUUAAGUUGUAGACUGUUAGUGGGACAUAGCACUUUGAUAUGCAUAGGCACUUUGAAAAUGACACUUUGUGCCAUCGGAAAUUGUGAUGGGCAUUUUUCACUUAUUCUCAUUAGUAAUUAAAGGGAUCCUGCUUCUAAAUUGUGUUUUUCUGUGUUUUAUUCAAUUCAGUUUAUUUUGUAUCGUCCAGAAUUACAAAUUUGCCUCAGAGGGCUUUACAAUCUGUACACAUACGACAUCCCAGUUCCGGGACCUCACAUAGCAUCAGGAAGAAUUCCCCAAAACUCCAGAAAAAAAACCUUUCACAGGGAAGAAAACUCCAGGAGAGCAACAGAGGAGGAUCCCUCUGCCUGGAUGGACAGAAGCAAUAUGUGUACAGAAUGAAGCAUGACAGAGUUACAACACAUUCAAUGAGUAUGACCGAAAAUAUGAACGAGUAGUAUAUCACUGUAAACAGAAUAUCUUUGGCGUUGAUCUUAUUUCGAGGUUUGGGAAAUUGUCACAACUUGUUUGUAAAACUCUUUUGUGAUAAAAUGACUAAACAAUAAUUGUCUGAUAAACUGAUAUUGAAAAUAAUGAUCAGUUGUGAGCCCUAAUUUUAGGGUAGUAUGACUAUCUUUAAGAGGCUUUUGCAGGACUGCAGGUCGGAUACACCUUGCCAGGUGGCUUAUUUCCUGUUUUGCAGCGACAACCAUUUUCUUUACUUGUUGGACUGUAGAGUUUGCAUGCAUGGUAAACAACCCCCCCCCCCCCCCCCCAUGUUUGUGAAUGAAUGCGGGAUAUUUGUGUUGCAGGAGAGGUGUGGCUCACACAUGAAGAUUUGUCAGUGCCUGGAAAGGUAGCAUCUAAAACAGUAAAGAAACAUUCCAGAAAGUUCAGUUGAUCGCCAUGUUGUUCCCGUGGUCUGUUGCCCUCUCGUGACCCCCAAUGACCUCAGCGGCCGUUUGGACUUUUAGAGUCAACUUUGACCCCAAACCCUUUCUACGACCCCUGAGAAAAGACUUAAACUAACCACGUGCAUAAGCUGCAUUGGGUUGGUCUUCCAAAUGCCUACCUCACGCCUAAAGAGCAAAUCACUGCAGCCACAGCCCUGAUCAGCAGCCACCAUGACAUCAAGCAUAGGGGAUGAUUGUAGCAUCUUUGAUGGGUUGAUGGAAGAAGAUGAGAAGGACAAAGCAAAACGCGUGUCCCGAAACAAGUCUGAGAAGAAACGGAGAGACCAGUUCAAUGUCCUCAUCAAGGAACUCGGCACGAUGUUGCCGGGCAAUACCAGGAAGAUGGACAAGUCCACCAUCCUGCAGAAAAGCAUCGACUUCCUGUGUAAACACAAAGAGAUUGCAGCCCAGUCGGAGUCGAGUGAGAUCAGGCAGGACUGGAAGCCUCCAUUUCUCAGCAAUGAGGAGUUCACCCAGCUCAUGCUGGAGGCUCUGGAUGGGUUCUUUUUAGCAAUAAUGACCGAUGGGAACAUCCUCUACGUCUCCGAGAGUGUCACCUCACUACUUGAACACUUACCGACGGACCUGGUGGACCAGAACCUGUUGAACUUCCUGCCACUUGGGGAACACUCUGAUGUGUACAAGGCUCUGUCCACGCAUCCCACCGACCACGAGAACCUUAGCUCCGACUACCUGAAGACUAAGAACCACAUGGAGUUCUGCUGCCAUAUCCUGCGAGGGACCAUCGACCCCAAAGAACCACCGGUCUACGAAUAUGUCAAGUUCAUUGGCAACUUCAAGUCACUCAACAACGUUCCCAACGCGGGGAGGAAUGGUCUAGCAGGGAUUUUACAGCGGUCACUGCAACCGGCGUUCGACGACCAGGUGUGCUUCGUAGCCACUGUUCGACUGACCAAACCUCAGUUCAUCAAGGAGAUGUGUACAGUGGAAGAGCCCAAUGAGGAAUUCACCUCUCGGCACAGUCUAGAGUGGAAGUUCCUCUUCUUAGACCACAGAGCUCCACCAAUCAUAGGCUACCUGCCUUUCGAGGUUCUGGGAACAUCUGGGUACGAUUAUUACCACGUGGACGACCUGGAGACGCUAGCCAAGUGUCACGAACACCUGAUGCAGUACGGUAAAGGGAAGUCCUGUUACUAUCGUUUCCUGACUAAAGGUCAACAGUGGAUCUGGCUUCAGACGCACUACUACAUCACCUAUCACCAGUGGAACUCUCGACCCGAGUUUAUUGUCUGUACGCACACAGUAGUGAGCUACGCAGAGGUGAGGGCGGAACAGCGCAGAGAGCUGGGCAUCGAGGAGUCUAACCCUGAAGUCACUGUGAAUAAGAUUCAGGACUCUGGCUCGGAGUCACAGCUCAACACGUCCAGCCUCAAGGAGGCCCUGGAGCGAUUUGACCGCAGCCGAACAGCCUCAACCUCCUCACAGAGUUCCCACAAGUCCUCAUCGCAUGUCUCUGACAACACGUGCACUUCCUCCAAGCUACACAUGGACACGGCCACACCUCCUCCGCAGUCCCUGGCCUCCACCAUGGAAGUGACAUCCCAGCGUCGCUCAUCCAUCAGCAGCCAGUCUAUGAGCUCUCAGACCACAGAACAGAGUGUAACUCCAGGUUUGGUCACUCAGCAGCAACAACAACAACCACAACCACAACAACAACCACAGCAGCAGCUACAGACAAACGUACAGCCGGUGAUGGAGUUCUCGGCGCAGGUGAAUGCCAUGCAGCAUCUGAAGGAUCAGCUGGAACAGAGGACAAGACUGAUCCAAGCCAACAUCCAGCGGCAGCAGGACGAGCUGCGGCACAUCCAAGACCAGCUGCAGCGAGUCCAGGGCCAGGGCAUACAGAUGUUGCUGCAGCAGCAGAGCGGAGCAAUGAACGUGCAGCUCCCCCCGGUGGGCUCGGUCCAACAAACGACUGCUCUGACCAGUCAGGUCCAGCAAACGACAAUUAACCCCGUCCAUUCAGGAAAUCAGCAGCUCACAAUCCAGCAGCAGGCUCUGCCCCCCCAGCAAAACCUUCAGCAGCAGCAGCAGCAGACCAAUGCCAUCACACAGCUCCAGCGUCCACCCCAGCAACCCCCCCAGACCCAGCCCCAGACCCAGGGUUCGGUAUCUGCUCCGCUGUACAACACCAUGAUGAUCUCCCAGCCAGGGCAGCCCAACAUGCUGCAGAUCAGCGCCGGCCUUCCGCCGACCAACCCGCAGCCAGGCACCACUGUGGCCACCUUCACGCAGGAUCGACAGAUCCGGUUCCCAGCAGGGCAGCAGCUGGUGACCAAGCUCGUGACCGCUCCAAUGGCGUGCGGAGCGGUUAUGGUGCCCACCUCCAUGUUCAUGGGACAGGUGGUCACCGCGUACAACCCCUUCGGUGGGCAACAGGGAGGGCCAACCCAGACUCUGACCCUCCAACCAGCCCAACCGCCCCAAGGUCAGCCCGACGGCCAGAACCAGACGACUGUAGUGGCUCAGGGUGGCCAGCAGGGGCAGCAGCAGCAACAGCAAUUCCUACAGGGAACUCAUCUUCUCCAUAGCAACCAGUCUACUCAGCUUAUUCUGCAGGCAGCUUUCCCACUCCAACAAGGCACAUUCACGCAGGCGGCGCAACAACAACAACAACGGCAACAGCAGCCACGGCAACAGCAGCAACAACAACAACAGCAGCAGCAAUCCCACCACCAGAGGCACCAGCAGCAACUGAAACCGCAGCCCCAGAAACAGCAGAAAGCCCCGUCAUCGCACAGGACUGACAGCGUCAGCAGCCAACCGCAGUGAGGCUCGGGAGGCGGGCUCACUGGGAGGACAGCGGGGGGUUAAAGGGCUGCUGCUGCAUCCUUCUGUUUUGGUUGCGUGGCCGUCACAAACUUCCUUCUCCCCCUCCCAUCCCUACACAACCGUUGCCCUCCCUACCUCCAUCUGGAAGAAAGGAAUCAUAGGAAAGAGGAAAGCCUGUGAGUCCACAAGGAACUCGAUUGUCACCGUGGCAACAGGAUGGAUUAAAAUCCCCCUUUCCUUUACCAGAGGUGUAGGUGUGGGGAGCUCCGGUCUCUGGAAACCGGAAACAAAAGACUUUUUUAAGGCGUCAACGAUGACUGACCUUGUACAGAUUUACUGUAUGAUACAAAACAAAGAAACUUGUAAAUAUCCAAUAUAGCCUAACAGGAAACAGAAAUGUAGUAUUUUAUAUGAUUGCAUGGAAAGAAUAACUGUGUACGCUUUUAUUCGUCGCUUUUGAGAAAUGAAUUUUUACUUUGUUCAAGUGUUUUCUGGUCAAAGAUGAAGCGUCGAUGUGCUCUGUCAGUCUUCUCUCUCCUAACCCACCUUCCCUAAAACAACAACAACAACAACCCAAUAACGGUUCAGAAUAAGGCUUUAAUGUUCUGUCAGUUUGGUUGGGCUGGGGUUUUCUUCUUGUGGAAGUUGUGUUUUUGAACACUGUGUCUGAGACAAAAAAGUGCUCUUUUUAACUUUGUAACAAAUUAUGUUUGGCAAGAAACUAGAUCACAGUUUAACUGAAUUCUUUGCAGAGUGAUCACUGUACGUAUAACGGGUUUAGUGAUUCCAAGUGCCAAUAACAUAGUCUAAUUAUGUUUUUAUUUUCUUCUUCUUUUGAGCAGACUAUUCAAAGGCGUAUAUAUAUAUAUAUAUAUUUUCCAACAAGAUAUUACCCCUAUUAAAGUUAACGCGUGUGUAUAUAGCAGGGAUUAUUUUUUAACAGUCAGAGAGCCCUAUAAGUAACAAACAUUAUAUCCUCAACCUCCUGACACUUUAGCACUUGAUGUGGUUGUGUUCAGUAAAUCACUGUCCAGACCGAGUUGUUUGUAAUCCGUGGUGUGAGUGUGAGCGAGCGUGUUUUUCUUUUUUUUUUGGGAAUACAAUCUUUGUGUGCAUGAGGGUGUGUGUGUGUGUGCGCUCUCCCCUUGUGUCUUACAAUAAUUGACUUAGUAAGGGUUUGAAGUUGCUGGAUGGUACUUGUAUUCUCAGGAAUGUUGGAAUGUUUUUAUUUGUGCUUCUGCCUCAGUCUGGAACCAGACCAAGAAGGAUUAGACAGUGAUGCAGCAAAGACCGGAGGGAGAAGUGUGUGAAGGGUGUGGCGUCUCAAUCAAAUAUGACCCAGAUCAUCUCGAGCCUUCCUGGUGUAAAGCUGGGGGGGAAGGACGAGAUAACGAUGGAGAAGAAAUAUAGAAAACAACGAAAUUUCUUGCAGCUAUUCACCCAGAUUGGAAUAACGAUGACUCCAUUGGACCAGCAAACCUGCGCUUCUGCUCACUGUCUCCUGAUCUUUUUUAUGAUUAUUAGUGUUUUUAAUCCUUCUAUCUCUUCCCAGGCCUCAGAAACCCUCAUGCUGUUCAUUCACUCGUCUUUGGUUAAAAGCAGCGCCGCGUUCCAAAGCCAUUUAAAAAUGGCAUCGAUGGAAAUGAGCCCGGCCCCUCUACGACAGUCACAAGCCAUAUCAAACAGAAACGCCUUGGAUCGGAGGAAGCGUGAUGGUUGGCGGAGGAAUGUUUAGAACGUGUUGUUUUUGUCUCAAGAGUGUCGUUAAGCGUGUUGGUCUCCUACUUCUCGAAUAUCUCUGGGGGGGGGGCGCAGUAUUGGUUUCCCCUGGCGACAGCCAAUCAGUUCUUGCAUUGUAGUAUAAAGAAAAUCUAAUUGUAAUAUUCAAGAAACUUCCUCUCCGGUGGGGCUCAGUACUCUGCGGGCCCGUGUGUGUGGGACAGCGCAACUUGAAUACAUGUUUGUUUGUGUGUGAGAGAGAGUGUUUGUAUGCAUGAUUACGGUCACUGUAACCUGUUAUAUUUUCAUAUGGAAACAGAUGUCAGGUGUGUGACUGGAAACAGAGUGGACGUUCGGCAAUGGAGAGCAUUGGUCACUAAUCGUAUAGAAGACAGGCAGUGUCAUUGUUUUUUUUACGAUGGCAGGCUGCUUGACAAAACACUUAUCACGAUAACUACGACACAUCGGACCACCGGUCUAAAACGGUGACCCCUCUUAAGAGAGGGUUUUUUUUCUUCUUUUUCAUUUAGGUUUGCAAAUGCGGGGGCCAAUGUUCGUCCACGAGUGAGGGCCACGAGACAGAGAGAGGGUCCGACUUGUUUGAACCUGGUCUUCCACGCUUUAAAAGCAAAUGUAGACCAGUUGGUGUUUAAGGCGUCACGCUGAAGGCGUAUGAUGAAAUGCUCGUAGUUUGUGUCACUGAUACCCAGCCCAAAGAAUGUAACGGUGUGUUUAAAGAGACAAAUGGAUGUUGUAACUGUUGGUUACAGGAGAACCUUUGACAGGCUUUGCGAUGAAGGAAACCGAGGGGAGUUAAAAGCAAAUCAUGUCUCUCACUACAAGGAUCCACAUACAUGACAUGCAAUCUUAUAUACGGCUUUGUUUGGUAAAAGAACCUCAUUACAGUUUCUGUGGGGGUGGGGGAAAAGAAAAAAAAGUGCUGAAAGUCUAGGUGUAGGAUAUUUGAAGGGGGACACCAUAGACGAGGUAGCGACCCCCCCCCCCCCCUCCCCUCCUCCCCCCCCCCCCUCCACUACACAAUCUGGUUCUAAAGAGUCCAAGUUCUGGCAUCAUAUUCCUGUUCACAUACACAAAGCGACAGAACACCAGUAUUCAGUGUAAACCGGUGCUAUGCUUACCUGUACUGUUUGUAUGUAUAUCCCUACUUCUGCCCUUGAACUGUGUUCCUUUUAUCUAGCCCAAAGUCAAAUGUAGUAAUAAUCAACAUUUUGAAGCUAAACUGUUUGCUAUUAUUAUAACUCUUCUCCCCCUCUUGGUCAAUUUGAAAAUAAAAACAGUUGCAAAUAUA